CAAAAACCCCAAUCCAAAAACCCCAACUAAACUGAAGGUUCUCGGAAACAACCACCUACUACCUCUGAAGGUUCUCGGAAACAACCAUCUACUACCUCUGAAGGUUCUCGGAAACAACCCGAAGUUUCCAUCGCUGCUCAACCAGAACCAGAACCAUCAAAACCGCCACUCCCUAAAAUUUCUUAUCAUGAAAUGCCUUCUAAUCACAAGAAGAAGUUCUUCAUUAAUGACGAUGUAGGUGGUAGUGUUAGGAAAUACAUUGGAAUGGUAAGUUGGUUGAGGGUGAUGGGAUGUUUUGAGGGUAGUGUCUUUGAGGUUAUUCCAAAUCUGAAAUGGGGUGGAGAAAGUUACCCACUUGUUGAAGUUGAAGUGGUAACACCGGAAAACAAGUCUGCAAAAUUUCUUAUUGCCAAGUCGUCUUUAUAUGUAAUUGGCUGUGUGCUGCGUUUGCUGAGCUUUCAGUUUAGUUGUGAGUUUUAAAUUGAUUCGUUCGUCAUGCUACAAGAUUAUGAUGGGAGUUAUAGAACAAAACCUUGGAAAAAGAUUGGUCCAAAAUCCAUGAUUGAUGCUAUCAAUUUGCUUCAUGAGGCUGAUGCCAAUGAUUUAGCCAAUGUGUCAGUUUAUGUUGAUGCGGUUGAGAUUUUUUAUGUUCAUAUAUGUGAAGCUGCAAGGCUAUAUGUUAUUGAAUCAUUUGUUUGCACAAGUCUGAAACCUUCUGGUGUUGGAAACUUUACCCAACGGAUUUAUGAAGAUGAAGAGAGUUUUAUUCUCCCUGGUGAUAAGAAUCAAACUAUUGAAAGUGAAUUCGAUGUUUACUCUUUAGUGAAGGGAGAUGGACCUAUUGAUUUCGAGCUUUCGAUUAAUCCUCCCAAUUAUAUUGAGUUUUUCAUUAAAAAAUUCAAACUACUAAGCAAAGUAUGGCUUACAUAUUCAUUGAGUGGAAGGAGGAUUUUUGAGAUGAAACCAGAAGAUGUUUCUAAGCUUCAUUUACGCUCUAAGAAGAGCCUGAGGUCUUGUUUAGCUGUUUUGUGCAACACCAACCUGGACAAGAUUUUGUCUGAAUGGCAAAAAAAGAGCAAAAAUAACCAUGCAACUGUGACUCCUGCUGUGUUUGAAGAAAUGGUAAGGCUUGUUCGUGAGCUUCAAAAACAAAAGAAAGUUUUGUUGUAAGGGAAAUGUUCUAAGUUUAGGAAAGGUACCAUGUAGCUACGUAAAUAAUGUCCUGCAAUUAAAAUUUUUGAAUGGGGUCUUCUGUGUAACUGUUUACAGUUCAGGAUCUUCUAGCAUCCAUGAAUUUGAGCCACCUUAUCCAGGAUUCUCUAAAGAAGAAUGCUGAAGGUUCUAGGACUCUCACAGUUGGACACAACCUUUGAGUUUUGACCAUUUAGGAAAGGCAAAGGGCGGAUAACUGUUGCUGAAAUUAGCAUUCCAGAUCUUGGAAAAGAAUGGAAGAAUGGGAUUGUUCAGUCAGCUCAACGGGGGACUGAAGCCAGGUAAAGAAAAAUCUCUUCAUCAUUUGGACGAAAGCAACCAAAGUCAUCAUUCAGCAUACGGAGUUCCAAGCUGUCGAGCCAAGAAGAAAUCUGGACUCCGUCUUACAUAGGAACAACUACAGAUUUUCAAUGUAUUGAUGAUUUAAGAUCACUGCAAACAAGCUUAUUUGUUUCUUGGUAGUUGGUAUUGUUCUUGUAAAGUUUCUUUUUAGCCAAUACUUUUUUAUAUUUGUUAUUGUUAACUUGAAUUAGCUACAUUAUUAUAAUAUAUAUGGCUUCUGGGAUUUGUU